UCCAAUAAUAUGGCAACCAAGAAAAAGCUUCAAGACAAAGUAGCAAUUGUAACCGGCGGCGCCAGCGGCAUCGGCGAGACCACCGCCCGCGUCCUGGCCGAUCACGGGGCGCGCGCGGUGGUGAUCGCCGAUAUCCAACCCGAAAGGGGCCGCGCCGUGGCCGAAUCCAUCGGCCUGCAGCGCUGCAGCUACGUCCAGUGCGACGUGGCGGACGAGGAACAAGUCGCGGCCAUGGUCGAAUGGACGGCGACGACCCACGGCGGCCUCGACAUAAUGUUCAGCAACGCCGGCACCUUGGCCAGCUCCCCCCAGACCAUCGUGGAGCUGGACUUUUCGGAAUACGAGCGCGUGAUGCGCGUGAACGCGCGUGGGAUGGCGGUGUGCGUGAAGCACGCGGCGCGUAAGAUGGUGGAGUUGGGGACGAGAGGGGCUAUCGUCUGUAUGUCGAGUGCGGCGGCGGAGAAGGCGACGGUGGACGGGACGGACUAUGUGAUGUCGAAGCGGGCGGUGCUGGGGCUGAUGCGGUCCGCGAGUUUGCAGCUCGGGAAGCACGGGAAUCGGGUGAACAGCGUGUCGAUGGGGGCGGUGAUCACGCCGCUUGCUGCAAAGUAUGGGCUGGUGACGGCGGCGGAUGUGGAGAAGUAUUUGGGGCCCUACACGAGCUUGAAAGGGGCGAUGCUCACGGCGGAGAAUGUGGCGGACGCGGUGGCGUUUCUGGCUUCGGAUGAGGCGGCGUUUGUCACCGGAGUUGAUUUGGCGGUGGAUGGAGGGAUGAUUGCCAUGCCAUUUGACAUGUCAAGUUAAUUAAUCAAUGUUUGCGUACGAAUAAAUGUUUCGAAUUUCAAAUUCCAAUUUUUCAAUGUUAAUACAUUGAAAAAACCUUUUCUUGUAUCGUAGGCUUCCUCCGUCGUAUUAGAGUUGAAUGUGA